AAAAAAGUAAAUGCCAUGUACCGUUGUGAAUACAAAGGAUGUACCAAGACUUUUACACGUACUUAUAAUCUAAAAUCACAUCGAAGGACUCAUACAGAUGAAAAACCCUUUGUUUGUCUAGUUUGUUCCAAGGCAUUUGCUAGGCAACAUGAUCGUAAUCGCCAUGCAAAGCUUCAUCUUGGUCUAAAGCCUUAUCCAUGUCAAUUUUGUAACAAAUCUUUUGCUAGACAGGAUGCUUUGAAUCGACAC